AGCAUGUGGAAGUAUGGGUUUAUGGUUAUUUUGUGCGCCGUGGUUGUGCACUCACAGUUUCCGAGGGAAUGUGUGACUCCAGAGGGACUUCGAAGCGGUCAGUGUUGUCCGUCCCCAACUGGUGCGCCGAAUGACAGCUGUGGAUCCAGCACAGGACGGGGACAGUGCGUACCUGUCGUCGCGGAUGUACGUCCCCACGGACCGCAGUAUCCUCAUGACGGUGUCGAUGACCGGGAACGCUGGCCUCUCCGAUUCUUUAAUCGCACCUGCCAGUGUAACGGGAACUUUACCGGGUAUAACUGUGGACGGUGCAAGAAUGGUUUUACAGGAGUAAACUGCGAUCAGCCUGUUCCUGUAGUCCGAAGGAACGUGAUGCUACUGAGUGCAGAUGAGAAGAGGGCGUUUGUGAACGCGCUGGACCAAGCAAAGCGCACGGUGCACCCCAAUCUCGUCAUCGCCACAAGGAGAUACGAGGAGAUCUUUGGGCCCGAUGGCAACACCAUGCAGUUUGAGAACAUAACCAUCUACAACUACUUUGUGUGGUCACACUACUAUUCUGUUGGUAAGACCUUCCUGGGGCCCGGACAGCCAAGUUUUGGAGGAGUGGACUUCUCUCACGAGGGUCCUGGCUUUGUCACCUGGCACAGGUACCACCUCCUCCAGCUGGAGCAGGACAUGCAGGAUAUGCUGCAGAAUCCCUCCUUUGCCCUGCCCUACUGGAACUUUGCGAUUGGGGGCAACACAUGUGAUAUUUGCACUGAUGACCUGCUUGGUGCAAGAAGUACCUUUGAGCUAAACUCAAUCAGCACAAACUCCAUCUUCUCUCAGUGGCGAGUUAUCUGUGAGAGUGUGGACGACUAUGACACCCUUGGAACUAUUUGCAACAGCUCAGAGAGCAGUCCGAUCAGGAGGAACCCAGCUGGGAACGUGGCCAGGCCCAUGGUGCAGCGCCUGCCUGAGCCACAGGAUGUCGCCGACUGCCUUGAACUGAACACGUUCGACACCCCUCCUUUCUACUCCACUUCCUCCGAGAGCUUCCGCAACACUGUUGAGGGCUACAGUGCCCCUCAAGGGAACUAUGACCCUGUUAUCCGCAGUCUGCACAACUUGGCUCAUCUGUUUCUCAAUGGAACUGGAGGGCAGACCCACUUGUCUCCCAAUGACCCAAUCUUUGUCCUGUUACACACCUUCACUGAUGCUAUUUUUGAUGAGUGGCUGAGAAGGCACAGCCCUGAUGCAACGAUGUACCCUUUGGAAAAUGCUCCCAUUGGACACAACCGGCAGUUCAACAUGGUUCCCUUCUGGCCACCAGUUAGAAAUGCAGAAAUGUUUGUGACUGCAGCUGAAAAUCUGGGCUACUCUUACGAGGCAGAAUGGCCAGCUCGUCCAUACACCAUGACAGAGAUUAUAACCAUGGCUGUUGUUGCGGCUCUUGUUGCGGUGGCUGUCAUUUUCGCUGCCACCACUUGUGCCCUGCGUACGAGGUCAUAUGGCAAAAUCGAGGCCCGCCAACCAUUACUUGGGGAACAGUAUCAGCGUUAUUCAGAUGAUCACGACAGACACCAGGAAAAAACCCAGUCUGUGGUCUGA